AUGAGGUGUAAACGGCACAUCGUUGAUCGGAGCAGCUCCGUCGGCGUCUGCGCAUCCUGCCUCCGCGAACGUCUUCUCUCCGCCGCCGGCCAUCACCGCCAUUGCCAGCGACCUGAUCUUCCGCCUCGGCCCGUUUCCCCUUACGUCUCUACCAGAAAAUCCGAUGCCGGAGAUCUCCCAUUGUUCUCUCACCACCGCUCUUUCUCCACCUCUCAGGUGGAUCCCCGCCCAUCCGUCAGCGGCUUUGUGGGGGGUAGCGGCUUGGUGGCGGAUUCCGUCUCGGACCAAUCGAUAAAGAAGAAAAGAAGAGGUUUCUGUCGGUUGUCCACUCUCUUCAGGGCCAAAUUUGACGAGUCCGACUCGGGUCUCGAGCCAUCUGUCUUGGAUCGUAGGUUGUCCUCUAGUCAUUCCUGCCGCGCUUCCACUACGUCGUCAUCGUCCUGGUCCUGGCUCCAGACGGUGAUCUCCGGUCGCGUGAAGAAGCAACCCAGCUCGUCCUUCAUCGAGGGCUUGAUCGCCGACUGCAAUAGCAAACCUCGGCGGGGAAUGUCGCCGGUGCGGGAGAAGGAGACAGAGGACGAGCCAGAGCCCCCGACGCUGGCUUCCGUCGGGGAAUCGCCUGGGAAUUUGAAGAGGACACCGGCGAGGAGGAAGCCACGCGCAGGGCUUGUGAAGAGUGUGUCGGGGAUGGCCUUCUGCUUGAGCCCGCUGGUGAGGGUGAGCCCAAGCCGCCAUGGGAGACGGAGAGGAAGCUUGCCGCUGCAAUUCAGGUGUUCCGCCGAUUCCAAAGCUCCGGCGAGGCCUCACAUCUGGACGGCGUCGUCUCGGUGCGCGAACCGGUCGAGGAAGCUCGUCGAUUUGGGGAAAACUCAUCACCGUCGUGAGUGA